GCUUCAGCAGUAGUAGGAGUAGCUAUGGCUGCUUUAUUUUCAUCACAGACCAAUUUAUCUUCUUCCCUUGUUAUUCAUUCAUACCCAGUGAAGUUGAAGAAGUUCUCUAUAAGGAAGAGUGUAAAUGUAGCAAAGAAAGUAUCUUUGUUUGCAGUUUUAGUGGAUAAUGGUAAAAUGAAAGUCCCAUUCAAGUUAAAGGAGGGUCAGUCAAGAAAAUUUCAUCAACUUCCUUCUGGAUUAAAAAUGGAAGUUAUAUCUCAAAAGGGUUUGGAUCAGAAAAACAAUAAUGAGCUGAAAAACCCACCUCUUGUUUUUAUCCAUGGAAGUUAUCAUGCAGCAUGGUGUUGGGCUGAACAUUGGCUCCCUUUCUUUUCUGAAAAUGGGUUUGAUUGUUAUGCUCUUAGCUUGCUUGCUCAGGGUGAAAGUGAUGAACCUACAGGACCAGCAGCAGGUACCCUUGAGACACAUGCUAGUGAUGUUGCUUCCUUCAUCCAAAAAGAAAUUACUGCACCACCGGUGUUACUUGGACAUUCAUUUGGGGGACUUAUUGUUCAGUCUUACUUAUCAAGCGUGGAAACUAACAAAGAGUUCUCAGGAACUGCAAAUUCACUCCCAAAACUUGCUGGAGCCAUACUUCUCUGCUCAGUACCUCCUACAGGAAAUGGUGGUUUGGUGUGGCGAUAUAUGCGUUCUAAACCUAUUGCUGCUUUUAAGGUCACGAUCAGCUUAGCUGCAAAAGGUUUUGCAACCUCUUUAUCUCUUUGUAAGGAAACUUUCUUCUCCCCUGAACUGCAAGACCAUCUGACCCGAAGCUAUCAGAAGUUAAUGGUAGAGAGUUCAAGGAUGCCAUUGUUUGAUCUGAAGAAGCUGAAUGCAUCAUUGCCUGUUCCUCGUGUACCAAGAUCGUCUUUUGAACUACUUGUUUUAGGUGCAAGUAAUGACUUCAUUGUGGAUUCUGAAGGCCUUCGUGAAACAGCCAUGUUUUACGGUGUUGAACCAGUCUGCAUUGAAGGGAUUGCUCACGACAUGAUGUUGGAUUGUACAUGGGAUAAAGGUGCACAUGUUAUAUUAUCCUGGUUGAGUAACCGAUUUACGUGAACAGAUCAAUCAUCAUUACUGCUAGUAAAAGGCUUCUUUGUUGCUUCAUAAAAUAUGUUGGAAUCUCGGUAACACAAAUAAUUUAGUUUGUAGUCCUUCUCUUCAAGUGAUUGGUUUGUAGGUGGUUUUAGACUUUUGAUCAGUUUUGAAAUGUGUCUGGCAGUGAAUGUGUAAUCUUUUGGAUCCAUUUUAAAUCCCAAGUUAUUAACUUUUUUGUUUCA